UGUUAUUAUUCUAUAUUUCAGUGUAAUUGAUGAUAGGUAAAAUGACCGCCAACGUAUUGUUGACCCAAUCCUUGUCUGUAGAGCUCGGAUCAGCUGAACCAUGGCCUCAAGACGUUGCCCUCUAUCAGACAUACGAGGUUGAGCAGAUUUUAUUGCCUGACAAUGCAUCAACCAUGGCUGUUCAAGCAUUUCUUCACAUGGCCGGUCUUGAUUUUGUCGUUGAAAUGAGGUCGAAUGCUGAGGAGAUGUCGCCGUCAGGUCGUCUUCCUUUUAUCAAAGCUGGAGCAUUUGUCGUCGCAGAAAUGGAUCCCAUUGUCAGCUUUGUGAACACCAAGGGAAUAAGCCUAACUGGGAACUUGGACAACAGUCAGAAAGCUGACAUGCGUGCGUACAUGUCUCUAGGUCAGUUGAAAUUAUUAGUAAUUAAAUAGCUUGAGAAGCCAGCG